AUGGGCGUGCUGCCGGUACCGGCGGAGGUGCGCGCUAUCCUGUUGGACAUCGAGGGCACCACCACCCCCAUCGCCUUCGUCCAGGAGACCUUGUUCCCUUACAUCAAAGACAACGUGAAGGAGUAUCUGCGCGCUCACUGGGAGGAGGAGGAGUGCCAGCGGGACGUCGGGCUUCUGAGGAAACAGGCUCAGGAGGACUCCAGCUUGGACGGGGCUGUGCCGAUCCCUUUGGAGAGCGGAAGCGGGGAAGAGGAGCUGGAGCGGGUCAUCCAGGCGGUCGUAGACAACGUGCACUGGCAGAUGUCUCUGGACAGGAAGACCACAGCACUGAAGCAGCUGCAGGGUCACAUGUGGAGGGCAGCCUAUGCAACCGGGCACGUCAAAGGAGAAAUCUUCGAGGACGUGGUUCCAGCCAUCCGGAAGUGGCGGGAAGCGGGGAUGAAGGUCUAUAUCUACUCCUCAGGCAGCAUUGAAGCCCAGAAGCUUCUGUUCGGCUACUCUACAGAAGGUGAUAUCCUAGAGCUCUUUGAUGGCCACUUUGAUACCAAAAUAGGCCCCAAGGUAGAAAGUGAGAGCUACAGAAGGAUUGCCGCCAGUAUUGGGUGCGCCACCAACAACAUCCUCUUCCUGACAGAUGUCCCUCGAGAAGCCAAUGCGGCCGAGGAAGCGGAUACUCACGUGGCUGUGGUGAUCAGACCAGGCAAUGCAGGACUGACGGACGAUGAGAAGUCGUAUUACAGCCUCAUCUCAUCUUUCACCGAACUUUUCCUGCCUUCCUCCACUUAGGGAAAAAGUGGUGCACGCACAAAAGACUGUGCUUCACCUGAAUUGUCCUUGUGUAAUGUUAGGUAAUUUUGUCCAUAAUCAGAAUUUAAAACCAAACCCACAUCAUGUCUUGGACCCGCGACUAGUGCAGGCAGGUAUGGAUGGAGAGUGUGGUGUGGGGUCCCUUGGGCAGUAGGGCGGAGGCCUGCAGCAGCCAGCUGGAGCUGGGAACAGGGUGAGGAGCAGCAGCACCCAUGAGCCCUGCUGUUCUUCCCCUUUCCCAGCUAGCAAUUAGCUCAGGGGAUGCUUCCUUCAGACUCGCCCAUUGAAAUCUGGUGCUGAGACACCCCACCACGAGCUCCGUCAUUUUUAGAAACAAGUCCGCAAACAAGGGUAUGUCCCCGUGUCCCAGAGGGACCUCCAGGGACCACGAGGGGACGUGAGCUCCUCCCUGCAGAUGGGGUUGCUGGCUAAAAGUCAAAACUUGCAAAGUUUGGGGGGG